AUGGCGCCUGUAACGCGGCCCAAACAGCCAGGGAAUGAAUCAGGGGGGUACCGGCCAGUAUAUCAAGACGACGACCGUGACGGAUCGGAGGGUGGUGUCGGUGAUGGUGAUGCUUCCCCCAGUGACGGCGGCCAUAUUGGACAAGGUCGGGAUGCUCGAGGGACAUUUCGGGAAGGGGGUUUCCUCUCGCGGCCUUCGCGAUCUGAGAAUCGCUUCCGGGUUGCAACGUUCGUUCUUGCCGCGCUGCUGGUUAUUUUAGUUGGGGUCAACGCCUUCAUGGCGCUGCCCUUCGCCUUCAAGGGAAGGAACGACUCUUGUCCCUGCCGUCCCAAAGAUGUACCUCAGUACUUUCAGACUUCACCUGAAUUAUGGGCCGGUCCUACGCCAACAGGAAAACCUGCUUUCAUGGCACAGACACGAACUUUCGACCCAACCGCUACCUAUGUGCCAAAUGAGCCAUUACAGACCUCCAUUCCUAUCGAGGGAAUGGGCUCGGGGAAUGAGAGUAUCUUCAAGCUUAUGGGCUACUUAUCCCCCUACACACCUUCUCCAGGAUUUGGCGUGGACGAGUUUCCACUUCCUGCUGGCGCAGAGAUUCUUCAACUUCAGAUGCUCUCUCGUCAUGGAUCGCGAUAUCCUACGACAGGAUCCUCGGUUGCCCAGCUUGGGCAGAAGAUUGCCAAUGCCUCAGAGAUAUUCAGUCCAAGAGGCCAACUCUCGUUUCUCAGGGACUGGAAAUACCAACUCGGUGCCGAAAUCCUUGUGCCCAAGGGUCGCGAGGAGCUCUUCCAAUCAGGUGUUUUACACAGCUACAUGUACGGAAGUCUGUAUAACCCGAACAGCAAGAUUAUCGUUCGCACAACUACGCAAGACAGAAUGCUCAAGUCUGCCGAGAAUUGGAUGGCUGGGUUUUUCGGACUGGAGUGGCCCAGAAAUGCUACCAUUGAAGUCAUCAUAGAACAGAAGGGAUUCAACAAUUCGUUGGCCGGGUCUUUAAACUGCCCGAACGCCAACGCCAAAUCUUCAGGAAACGAAGCUGUCCAUACAUGGAUACACGAGUACCUCAAAGAAGCCCAGACACGAUUCCAGUCAAUGACAGAAGGGUUUACAUGGACUAUUGAAGAUGUUUAUGCUGCUCAGACCAUGUGCCCAUAUGAAACUGUUGCCUAUGGCUUCAGCAAAUUUUGCGACCUCUUUACGUAUAAGGAGUGGCGAGACUUUGGAUAUUCUACUGAUCUAUUUUUUUCUGCUAUAAGCGGAUUCCACAGCCCAACGGGGAGAGCUGUUGGCCUCGGCUAUCAGCAAGAAACCAUGGCCCGACUUAAAAAUCAUACUCUGGGAUACUCUGGCUCACAGAUCAACGUCACACUCGACAAUAAUACGGAAACAUUUCCCUUGAACCAGAGCCUCUACUUCGACUUUUCACAUGAUACUAAUAUAGUGUCAAUUUUGACAGCCUUUGGACUCAGGCAAUUUGCCGAGGAGCUGCCUGCCAAGGACUAUCCCGGAGACCACAACUUCACCGUCUCACAUGUGACGCCCUUUGGGGCACGACUCGACAUGGAAAUCAUUCAAACUCCCAAGCCGCUGUCUCCGAAUCGAGAUGGCUAUCUCCGUGGCGGGAAGACAAAGUAUAUCCACUUUAUCCUGAAUCAGCGGACGCUACCCUUGGGCAAGAGCUUCCCAGAAUGUGAUGCCAGCAGGAGGGACGGGUGGUGCGAGUUAGACGCAUUCAUUAAAGUUCAAGACGGCAUGGCAGCCAGGGCCAACUUUGAUCACGCUUGCUUCGGAGAUUACCCUGCUGUAAAAUAUGGAGAGGCGACUGACGGUGUUCCGCCGUAA